AUAUAUCUAUAGUAGUAGUAUUGAUUUCACCAAUAAUGAUGUUAAAACAAAUGUUGCGACUUUAAUUGCGGCUGAUGAACUGUGCCUUAACAAUCUGUGUGAUUCUAUUGAAAAUUAUCUUCUGGACAAUAAAAAAUCAUUAAAGAAGAAUUUUAUUCUCAUACAAAAUGUUGUAUCUCAAAUUACUCAAUUGAAAAUUCUUAUUGAUCUACUUGAGAAAAACAAAAAAAGGUAUUCUGAGAAUUCUAUUUUAAUUUGGGAUAAAUUAAUGGAAUGGAUUAUUGCGCAAUCUGAUGAUGAAUUACCGUUGGAUACUACAAAAUGGACGCUCAACGAAAUCUCAACAUUUAGAACAAUGAUUCGACCAUUUUUGCCGCUUAUAAAUUUUGAAACAAUUAGUCCCAAAGAUUUCUUUCAGAAAAUCAAACCAUUCAAGAAUUGUUUUGACCAUGAUUUCUAUAUUCAAAUUCUUGAAUAUUAUUCAUUUAGUAACAAUGACGUAACAGUAAUUCAUUCAAAAUCAAGUUUAGAUUCUAAGGUUAUUAAUUCUAAAAAAGGUUCCUUAUCUCGUAAUUCAAUCAAAUCAAAGAAACAAGAUAGACUUGAUCAAAUUAACUGA